ACAGCCUCCUCCUCCUCCCCGUCCGCAGCUCUUCCUCUGUCCGCUCUGCCAACUCUGAGUCUGGGAGUCCGGGACGAGAUGAUGCGGAUUGUCGUGUUUUGCGGCAGCAUCUUGCCUUUGCACCUUUUCCUCUGCGUCCAGUGCCUGCCGGUACACGACCGGAGGACCGUCAGCAAGUCCAAGCAGCUACAGGGAUGGCCCCACAGCCACAGUCACGUCGGUCUGAAGAAAAGGGGCCGACAUGAGCAGGACACACUAAAUGAAGAGUACCAUGUGAUGUCUGUACCGACAUCCAAAAAUGACACGGAGUUCUGGAAGCGCCCCCGCUGUGGGGUCCCAGACUAUCCCACCUUAACGAAGGUUGACCUGUCGUACUACAACUUAAAGAAGAAGGGGAACCUGAGCAGACAGCAGCGCAGGAAACGGUUUGCUCUGUUUGGAGGACGCUGGGAAAAGACUGACCUCACUUACAAGAUUAUGCGUUUCCCCUGGCAGAUGAGUGAGGACAAAGUGCGGCGUGUCUUCCAGGAGGCGUUCGGUGUCUGGAGUGCAGUGACUCCACUGAGGUUCAGAGAGGUCACCACUGAGAAAGCUGACAUCAUUAUUGACUUCAACAGGUACUGGCACGGGGACUCCUUACCUUUCGAUGGUCCUGGAGGAAUCCUGGCCCAUGCUUUUUUCCCCCGGACACAUAGAGAGGGAGAAGUCCACUUUGACUAUGAUGAACAAUGGACACUAGGCAAUGAUGUGGGCACUGAUCUCCUGCAAGUGGCAGCUCAUGAGUUUGGCCAUGUCCUGGGCCUACAGCACUCUCUGGAGCCCGAUGCUGUGAUGUGUCCUUUCUACAGCGACUCCUACCCUCUGCAGCUGAGUGAGGACGACAAGAGGGGGAUUCAGUACCUGUAUGGCCCCCCUCAGCACACACUGCCUGAGAUUUUGGAGACCAAUGAGAUUGACUCUGGGAUGCCGGAUGCCUGCAGAACAAGCUUUGAUGCAGUGUCCAUGAUCAGGGGGGAGCUGUUCUUCUUUAAGUCUCGAUAUGUUUGGCGCAUCCGUGAUGGGCAGUUACAAGCUGGUUAUCCGGCCUUGGCUUCACGUCACUGGGGAGGCAUUCCUGACCACAUUGAUGCUGCAUAUGAAGACAGGUCUGGCAACAUCUGGUUCUUCCAAGGUGACAGCUACUGGGUGUUUGAUGCUGAGAGGAAGAUAACAGGACCGGAUUCGGUGCAGCGGCUCGGUCUUCCUGUAACGGAUAUCCAAGCAGCUUUAAAGUGGGAAGAGAAGGUCUACCUCUUCAAGUCCACUUCUUACUGGAACUUCAAUCCACAGGAGAAUCGAGUCGAUGACGUCCAUCCUCACAGCAUGCAUGAGUGGGGAGGACUGCCCAGUCGUAUUGAUGCAGCCUUUCGGGACAUAUAUGGAUACGCCAAUUUCCUGAGUGGGCCACACUAUUGGAAGAUUGACCCUGUGGCGCUGAAGGUGGUGGAAGGCUACCCCCGCAGCGUUGGCAGGGAUUUCUUUGGCUGUUCUGUCUAA